AGGUUGAAAACACUGAGCAGUGAGCUGUCAUCCUGUUGUACCGUGUCUUACCGACUUACCGUUCCCAACACCUUUUUUCUAAUCCAUUUAAAAUUAUCGAACAAAAGGUCCAACGCAAGUGUUUCUUAAACUGACAAUGUUCAUAACUGAUUUAGUGUUCUAAACUUUAUGUUGUUAAUAACAAAAUGAAUUACAACAAUCACAGCAAUAAUAGCAAUCAAUUUCAAAUGGAACAACGAGACGACGAUUUGAGUAUUAACGUUAGUUCGGGACUCGGUUUCACUUCCGAUAUGGAUAUGCAUAACCGAUGUUGCUCCGGACGAUUCUGGUGCAUCCAAGAUAUUUGUGGGAUCAUCUGCGUUGUCCUUACCUGGUUCCUUAUCCUCUAUUCAAUGUUUGUGUCGUUUUUUGUUAUCCUGAUACCUGCAAUUUCGACCCACACAAUUUUCAGUGUGUUCAAUCUCAUCCUGUUUAUGGCACUUUCGUCUCUUGCCUUCAUCUCACAUGUUAGAACAAUGCUGACUGACCCAGGAGCUGUACCAAGAGGAAAUGCUACAAAAGAAAUGAUUCAACGAAUGGGAUUGCAACAAGGACAAGUUAUAUUCAAGUGCCAAAAGUGCUGUUCCAUCAAGCCUGAGAGAGCCCAUCAUUGUUCAGUGUGUCAAAGGUGUGUGAGGAAGAUGGACCACCAUUGCCCUUGGGUUAACAAUUGUGUUGGGGAAAACAAUCAAAAGUUUUUUGUCCUUUUUACUUUCUACAUAGCUACUCUCUCAGUGCAUUCUUUGGUGCUGGUCAUUCUGCAGUUCAUAUCAUGCGUACAUUCUGAAUGGAAAGAAUGUUCGACAUAUAGUCCGCCAGCCACAGUCAUUCUAUUGUUGUUUCUCGGUUUCGAGGCGCUGCUUUUUGCGAUUUUUACAACUAUUAUGCUCGGGACUCAGAUGCAAGCGAUAUGGAACGAUGAGACCGGCAUCGAACAACUGAAAAAAGAAGAGGCGCGCUGGAUAAGAAAGUCCCGGUGGAAGAGCUUCCACUCUGUCUUUGGCCUGUUCAGUAUUCAAUGGUUCUCCCCGUUCACUAAUCCGCCUUUGGAUGGGAAGAAAAGAAAUGCAUAUUUGUAUGCUGUUUGACGAAAGACAACAGGACUUGUUGUUUUAAUUAACGGUUGCCCUUAAAAGCUACUGUGAUGAUUGUUAUCGAACUACAUAGUGCACUGUCUUGUCUUGCAGCUUAAUUAUUCGUGAAAGAAGGUGGUGUCUCCACGUACUUACUUUUUUUUCUAAUAUGAUUAACUCUCGUUUUGAGUUAUCAAACUGAAGACCAUCGCGUAUUUCAUAUUCAAUCUUAAAAAAAUCUGUCCAUUCAAAGUCCGACCGUUUAAAUGAGAAGUAUAUAUAUUACACCCCAUACAUAGAUAUGAUCAAUGUAUUUUCCAGCCUCACAAGUUCCAUAGUUCAAACGUUAUCUCCGUAUCUGUAAAUUAGCUGAGUCAAUGCGCGUUUAAAGAAACAACUGACCCUUACUUAUGUAAAGCGUAUUCAAUUUACCCCACUAACUAAAAGUUGAAAUGGG